AGUAUUGCAGAUACAAGACAUCUGAAGUACUCUAUUCUUAGUGGAACUUCAAUGUCUUGUCCACACGUUGCUGGUGUUGCCGCCUACAUCAAAACAUUUCACCCUCGCUGGUCUCCGUCCAUGAUCCAAUCCGCCAUCAUGACUACCGGUAAGUACUCUAUAAAUUCCACUCUUUUUUUUUGAAAAUACUCUGUUGGUUUGUCUUGGAACCAUACCUUCCUUGUGUCACAAGAAAUAUUUAGAAUACUUUGUUUUGUGGUUUCUUACAGCUUGGCCAGUGAAUGCAUCUACUUUGAUGCCUGAGUUUGCAUCCGGAGCAGGCCAUGUCAAUCCGUUAGCCGCAGUUCAUCCUGGACUGGUCUAUGAAGCUAGUAAGUCAGACUACAUCGCUUUUCUCUGCGGCUUGAACUACACUGGAAAGAACUUAAGGCUUAUCUCCGGUGAAAGCCGCACUUGCACUAAAGCACAGUCUAAAUCUUUACCUCGAAACCUAAAUUAUCCUUCCAUGACUGCUCAAGUCCCGGCGACAAAACCAUUCAAAGUGACCUUCCGUCGGACAGUCACUAACGUUGGAACGUCUAACACUACCUACAAAGCGAAAGUAGUGGGAUCUAAGCUCAACGUCGAGGUCAUUCCCGACGAAUUUUCUUUAAAGUCGAAGCACGAGAAGAAGUCUUUCACGGUGACCGUUUCAGGCAAAGGUCUCGGAGGUGGAGAACUUGUUGCGUCUUCACAACUGAUCUGGUCUGAUGGAUUCCACUUUGUGAGAAGCCCCAUCGUUGUUUACGCCGCAAACUGGUGAGUCAGACUCAGUUUUAUGUCUUCAUAUGUAAUCGUCGAUUAUGAAACAUUCUUUACUGCUCAUGCUAUGUUGAUUGUUUAUGAUGUUUCAGUUUUUUCUACCUACUCUACUUCUUAACAUUGGAAUAAAAUUAACUGUUAGCCUUUUCUUUGCAUUAAUUUUUCUUGCUACAUAUCAAAACGGUCAUAAGAAAGAUAAAUAUGCCUUUAAAAUAUAUAUAUAUAUAUAUAUCUCAUCCCAUAAAAACGGGAAUUUUUAAAUCCGGUUACAAGUAGGUUUUGAACAAAAUUUUCAAAGUCAAACUAAUACAAAGCUAGCUUCGCCCGCCCACUAAACCUGACACAUUCCGCUAGUUCGUUUUCAAAAUUCUUUAAAAUCGGUCGAAAGUGAAGUUCUCUUUUUUGCCUCGGAUGCCGAGGCUUCUCGUGUCGUCUCCGGAGUAGCUGGCUCCCGAUGAACUCCACCAUACUUAUAACCAUAUAUAUCCAUGAAGCGCCAGACGACUAAUAUGGAAGAGUUUCAGAUACUUGAAAUGGUGACAUGAAAAUGAUGCUAGAAAGGCAAGUGGAGCACUGAAACAGAGCUUGAAACAUCCAUAGACGACUAUGUAGGACUCCGGCCAGCACGCCUACACGAACCGGAACGGUCAGGUACCAUCAACUUCGCCUGCAUACCCGACCUCGACUCGCCUUCGAAGUAAACCACCACCGAAGCUGACUUCGAGUCCGCCAAAGAGGAGGAGAACCCCGGCGACCCGUAAGGGUUCCCGAUUCCAAUCGAUGAAGUCACACGCCUCACCGGACAUAGCUACAGAAGCUCCACAACACGAGUAGAGACUUCGCAGCACCACCAGAGAGCGUACCAGCACAUCACCACGAGCAAGGAGAUCGUGAGAGAGGAUCUAAAAGGAAAACACAAUCCUCUCUCAGCCGUAAAAAGCCGACUCCGCCUAUCAGAGUCCCUACAUGCCACUGUGUUACAGCUCCAAACAAUUCAAGUCUUCACCAUCAUCGACAGCCCUCGUGCACGGUUGCUUAAUGACAGAGACGCGAUUGACCAGAGGCCAGAACAAGGCGAAAGCAUAGGGUAAAUGACCGGGAAGCAAAGAUGAAAACAAAGGAGAGAAGGAGGAGGCCUCGGGCGGCUGGACGCGCCGAUCAGCGCCGGAGCUACUGAGGACCUUUCGUUUGUCGACUAGAGAGAGAAACUGAACUUUUUGGAUCUUAAUAAACAUUAAAUAUGUUUUGAUGUAAGAAACUAUCAAUGCAUGAUGAUCCAUUCUUAUAAUGCAUGAUGAUCAGGUUGGUCUUAUUUGACGCACAAGUUAUCCUUAUGAGCUUGACGUUGAAUUUCGCAUAUGUUUAUCCUUUCUUUCUCCAUUCUGAACUGGAAGUUUUGUAUUUGAAAAUGCAUCUUCGUCCAAUAAUUUCUGUCAAUGGUUUUAAACUAAUAAUUUCAGUUAGAAUAGGUAAAACGACAAUCAAUUUCUUUAACAAAAAAAAAAGGGGAUAAAAUAGAUUGUAAAAACUUAAAAAAUAGUUAUCCUAGAGAAUUUCUCUAUUAAAAUUUAGACUACCUAAUUAAGGAAAGGAGCAUAUAGUAAAAUACUCCCGGACAGUUGCUCUAACAACCAUGUUUCCAUGUGCUUUUUCAUAUUU